AAAAGCAAAAAAGAGCUAAGCCAAUAAGAAAAAGCCACAUCAUCCUCAAUAAGUCAAGACGGUGCGUUUCAACAUCUCCUACUCCUCCUCCUCUCUGUCUGUAUCUCUUGCCAUCGUUUCUCUGCUGUACUACCCAACUCGAUCGCUUGCUCCGAUUCAUUCAAUCCCCACAUGCACACAAUCAUCACCACCCUCGAUUCCACCACCGCAAUCUCUCUUCUCCCAAUCGCAACAAGAAUCAAGAACGCAACAUUGGAUGACCAAAAUUCUCGAAGCUAGGGUUCGAGUAAAUCGAACAAAAAUCUAAUCAAAGAACUGGGGGCGAAUCAGUCUCGGGUUCACCGAAGCCCCGCGGCUUCGCCGUCGCAGGGACUCUGGUUUUUCCUCCGUUUCUACAAUGCGCCACGUGUCCAAACACUCGCUCAGCUUCCUUCUGUUGAAUCCGUAAGCCGUUACGCUUCCGAUCUUAACCGUCCCGUUCCUCUUCCUCCGCCGGUCAUGGAAAACGCCGCUAGUAUUUCCGCCGCUGCUAAUUCUGCUCCUCUCGAAGAGCCUGAAUACUUGGCUCGAUACCUCGUUGUUAAACACUCGUGGCGUGGACGCUACAAGCGGAUUCUCUGUAUUUCUAGUGUGUCUGUUAUUACUCUUGAUCCUUCUACGCUUGCUGUUACGAAUUUCUAUGAUGUUGCUACUGAUUUUGAAAGCGCUGCUCCUGUCCUUGGUCGCGAUGAGAAUUCUAUUGAGUUUAGCAUCAACGUGCGGACUGAUGGACGUGGGAAAUUCAAAGCUAUGAAGUUCUCGUCGCGAUAUAGGGCGAGUAUUUUGACGGAGUUGCAUCGGAUAAGGUGGAAUCGGUUGGCGCCAGUGGCUGAGUUUCCUGUGCUUCAUCUUCGUAGGAGGGCUUCUCAGUGGGUUCCUUUUAAAUUGAAAGUAACAUAUGCCGGUGUCGAACUCGUUGAUGCUAAAUCCGGUGAGCUUCGGUGGUGUUUGGAUUUCAGAGACAUGGAUUCCCCUGCAAUUGUUCUUCUUUCUGACGCCUUUGGAAAGAAAAAUGUUGAUCAUGGUAGUGGAUUUGUUCUUUGUCCCUUGUAUGGAAGGAAGUCAAAAGCUUUCCAAGCUACUUCUGGGUGCACAACAUCAGCUAUUAUCUCUAAUUUGACAAAAACUGCAAAAUCCACUGUGGGGCUGUCCUUGUCUGUGGAAACAUCUCAAACUCUUUCCGUUUCUGAGUAUAUAAAACAAAGGGCAAAAGAAGCAGUUGGAGCAGAAGAUACCCCGUUGGGUGGUUGGUCGGUAACACGGCUGCGUUCUGCUGCCCAUGGAACUCUAAAUGUUCCAGGGUUGAGCUUAGGAGUUGGCCCAAAAGGUGGACUAGGUGAUCACGGUGAUGCGGUAUCUCGUCAGCUCAUACUUACAAAGGUUUCACUUGUGGAAAGGCGUCCUGAGAACUAUGAAGCUGUUAGUGUUCGUCCUUUAUCUUCGGUGUGUGCUCUUGUUCGGUUUGCUGAAGAACCCCAGAUGUUUGCAAUUGAAUUCAGCGAUGGAUCCCCCAUCCAUGUUUACGCAAGCACAUCUCGUGAUAGUUUACUUGCAGCAGUUCGUGAUGCCUUGCAAACUGAAGGUCAAUGUGCCAUACCUGUCUUGCCAAGACUAACAAUGCCUGGUCACCGUAUUGAUCCUCCCUGUGGGAGAGUUUAUUUGCAAUAUGGUCAACAAAAGCCUGUUGCUGAUGCAGAAAGUGCAUCCAUGCAUUUGAAACAUUUAGCAGCUGCUGCCAAAGAUGCUGUUGCUGAAGGUGGUUCCAUUCCUGGAUCUAGGGCUAAACUAUGGCGUAGAAUAAGGGAGUUCAAUGCCUGUAUACCAUAUAGCGGGGUACCUUCAAACAUUGAAGUACCAGAGGUUACUUUGAUGGCCUUAAUUACUAUGCUUCCUGCUGCUCCUAAUCUUCCUCCAGAGUCUCCUCCACUGCCACCCCCUUCUCCUAAAGCUGCAGCUACUGUGAUGGGGUUUAUUGCAUGUCUGCGAAGACUACUUUCUUCUAGAAGUGCAGCUUCACAUGUGAUGUCUUUUCCAGCCGCAGUUGGAAGGAUGAUGGGUUUACUCCGAAAUGGUUCAGAAGGUGUAGCUUCUGAGGCUGCAGGGCUUGUUGCCGUACUCAUUGGUGGUGGACCUAGUGAUGCAAGUGUAAUAGAUUCUAAAGGAGAGUGGCAUGCUACGAUUAUGCAUAACAAGUCAGUAUUGUUUGCUAAUCAUAGUUAUAUCAUUAUCCUUGUCAACAGAUUAAAGCCCAUAUCAGUAUCACCAUUACUCUCAAUGGCUCUUGUUGAAGUGCUUGAGGCUAUGAUUUGUGAUCCGCACGGAGAGACUACCCAAUAUACUGUUUUUGUUGAGUUGUUACGCCAAGUUGCUGGGUUGAAGCGUCGCUUGUUUGCACUGUUUGGUCACCCUGCUGAAAGUGUUAGAGAAACUGUAGCUGUGAUAAUGCGAUCAAUUGCAGAAGAAGAUGCUAUUGCUGCAGAGUCAAUGCGGGAUGCUUCUCUACGUGAUGGUGCUUUGUUGAGGCACUUGCUACAUGCAUUUUUUCUUCCUGCCGGUGAGCGUCGUGAAGUUAGUAGACAACUUGUUGCUCUUUGGGCAGAUUCCUAUCAACCUGCUUUGGAGCUAUUAUCUCGAAUUCUGCCUCCAGGCCUUGUUGCUUAUUUGCACACACGUUCUGAAGGAGUUCUUGCCGAAGACACUAAUCAAGAAGAGUCAUCAUCUAGGAGAAGAAAAAGACGUUUACUUCAGCAGAGGAAAGGUCGCAUAGGGAGAGGAUUAACCUCCCAAGAACAAUCUUUCCCUUCAACUAAUAACUUCGAUGUGUCUGAUUCAGGUAGGCAGACAGGGGAUGCUGUUGGUAAAGGCUCAGAUAACUAUCCUAACACCUCUGUUGACCCAAGUUCUGUACAGGCUUCAAGUUUUCAAUCUUCUAUAGCGCAUACUAGCGAAAGUUUGGCCAAUGGAUCAGAAGCCCAAGUUGGGGUUCCAACUGUUGCUGCUUCAACUAUCGUGGCAUCAGAAAACUCGAACGAAGCUCCUGAUUUUUCAAAUUCAGUUGAUCCGGACAGCAGUGGAGUUGAUUCUCAGAAUGCAGGCAUUCCAGCUCCUGCUCAAGUUGUUGUGGAGAACACCCCUGUAGGAUCUGGUCGGCUUUUAUGUAAUUGGCCUGAAUUUUGGCGAGCUUUUGAUUUAGAUCACAAUAGGGCCGACUUGAUUUGGAAUGAGCGCACCAGGCAAGAGUUGAGAGAAUCGUUGCAAGCUGAAGUUCAUAAACUAGAUGUUGAGAAAGAGCGCACUGAAGAUAUUGUUCCAGGGGGUGCUACCCUUGAAUUGAUGACAGGGACUGAGAGUGUACCCCAAAUAUCUUGGAACUACUCAGAAUAUUCUGUUCGUUACCCAAGCUUGUCGAAAGAAGUUUGUGUGGGUCAGUAUUAUCUGCGUUUACUGCUUGAGAGUGGCAGUGGUGGCAGGGCACAAGACUUCCCAUUGCGUGAUCCAGUUGCUUUCUUUAGAGCCCUUUACCAUCGUUUCUUGUGUGAUGCGGACACAGGACUUACCGUAGAUGGCGCUGUUCCUGAUGAAUUAGGUGCAUCUGAUGAUUGGUGUGACAUGGGUAGGUUAGAUGGUUUUGGCGGAGGUGGUGGAUCAUCAGUGAGAGAGCUUUGUGCUAGGGCAAUGUCAAUUGUAUAUGAGCAGCAUAACAAGACCAUUGGCCCUUUUGAAGGUACAGCUCACAUCACCGUUCUAUUGGAUAGGACAGAUGACAGAGCUUUGAGGCACCGACUUCUUUUACUUCUGAAGGCAUUGAUGAAGGUUUUAUCAAAUGUUGAGGCUUGUGUUCUGGUUGGAGGUUGUGUUUUAGCAGUUGAUCUGAUUACAGUAGUACAUGAAACCUCAGAGAGGACAUCUAUUCCCUUGCAAUCAAAUUUGAUAGCAGCUAGUGCUUUUAUGGAACCACUCAAGGAAUGGAUGUAUAUUGACAAAGAUGGUUCUCAAGUUGGGCCUAUGGAAAAAGAUGCCAUUAGAAGGUUAUGGUCCAAGAAGGCUAUUGAUUGGACAACAAGGUUUUGGGCUUCUGGGAUGCUAGAUUGGAAGAAGCUGCGUGAUAUUCGCGAGCUUCGUUGGGCACUUGCAAGUAGAGUUCCUGUCAUUACCCCACCUCAGGUUGGGGACACAGCUCUGUCCAUAUUGCAUAGCAUGGUCUCUGCGCAUUCAGAUUUAGAUGAUGCUGGAGAGAUUGUAACACCAACUCCUAGAGUAAAAAGAAUUUUGUCAAGUCCACGCUGCCUUCCACAUAUUGCACAGUCAAUUCUUUCUGGGGAACCAAGUAUUGUUGAAGCAGCUGCUGCUUUGCUGAAGGCUAUUGUUACCCGCAACCCCAAAGCCAUGAUACGUCUCUACAGUACCGGUGCAUUUUAUUUUGCGCUAGCUUAUCCUGGGUCUAAUCUCCUUUCAAUUGGGAAGCUCUUCGCUGUCACCCAUGUCCAUCAAGCAUUUCAUGGUGGCGAAGAGGCUGCAGUUUCUUCUUCACUGCCGUUGGCAAAACGCAGUGUUCUCGGUGGACUUCUACCUGAAUCUUUAUUGUAUGUACUGGAGCGUAGUGGUCCAGCGGCUUUCGCAGCAGCAAUGGUUUCUGAUUCUGACACUCCAGAGAUAAUAUGGACUCACAAAAUGAGGGCAGAAAAUCUAAUUCGUCAGGUUUUGCAGCAUCUUGGUGAUUAUCCACAGAAAUUGUCACAGCAUUGCCAUGUUUUAUAUGACUAUGCCCCCAUGCCUCCAGUGACAUAUCCUGAGCUGAGAGAUGAAAUGUGGUGUCACCGUUACUACCUUAGGAACCUAUGUGAUGAGAUUCGUUUUCCAAAUUGGCCAAUUGUUGAACACGUUGAAUUUCUACAGUCAUUACUUGUAAUGUGGCGUGAAGAGUUAACAAGAAAGCCCAUGGACCUCUCUGAAGAAGAAGCUUGUAAGAUCCUCGAGAUAUCCUUGGAGGAUGUAUCUAAUGAUGAUGUUAAUAAGAAGAAUUCUUUCGAGACUCCGGACGAAGCAUUUAGCUUAUCGAAGCAGAUUGAGAACAUUGAUGAAGAAAAAUUAAAGCGACAAUACAGGAAACUUGCGAUGAAAUAUCAUCCAGACAAAAAUCCUGAAGGAAGGGAGAGAUUUCUUGCUAUCCAGAAGGCCUAUGAGCGCCUCCAGGCCACCAUGCAAGGUUUACAAGGUCCUCAACCUUGGAGGUUACUGCUUUUAUUAAAGGGACAGUGUAUUUUAUACAGAAGAUAUGGAACCAUAUUAGAGCCAUUCAAAUAUGCUGGCUAUCCGAUGUUGCUGAGUGCUGUUACUGUUGACAAGGAUGAUAACAAUUUUCUUUCUUCGGAUAGAGCACCUCUCCUUGUUGCUGCCUCAGAGCUUGUCUGGCUAACGUGUGCUGCUUCUUCAUUGAAUGGCGAGGAGCUGGUAAGAGAUGGAGGCAUACAUCUUCUUGGAACUCUUCUUUCCCGUUGCAUGUGCGUUGUUCAGACAACUACUCCUGGAACUGAACCAUCUUCCGUCAUUGUUACAAACAUCAUGAGAACAUUCUCAGUUCUUAGUCAGUUUGAGGCUGCCAGAGCUGAGAUGCUUGAGUUUUCUGGAUUAAUUGAGGACAUUGUGCAUUGCACUGAAUUUGAGCUUGUAGCUGAGACAGUUGAUGCUGCUUUACAGACUAUUGCCAGUGUUUCUGUUUCCUCUGAAUUGCAGAAUGCUUUACUGAAGGCUGGUGUUUUAUGGUACCUUUUGCCAUUGCUGCUUCAGUAUGACUCAACUGCAGAAGAAUCUAAUGCAACAGAAUCACAUGGUGUUGGUGCUAGUGUUCAAAUUGCAAAAAAUAUGCAUGCUGUAAGAGCAUCUGAGGCUUUGUCAAGACUCAGUGGUUUGUAUGGCGAUGGGAGUUUAAUACCAUAUAAUCAGGCAGCUGCUGAUGCCCUUAAAGUUAUGCUAACUCCUAAGCUUUCUAGCAUGCUAAAAGAUCAAAUGCCCAAAGAUUUACUUUCAAAGUUAAAUGCAAACCUGGAGUCCCCAGAGAUUAUCUGGAACUCUUCAACUCGAGCAGAGCUUCUGAAAUUUGUGGAUCAGCAACGGGCAGCUCAAGGUCCUGAUGGUUCGUAUGAUAUUAAAGACUCACACGACUUUGUCUAUGAAGCAAUAUCAAAAGAAUUGUUCAUUGGCAAUGUUUACUUGAGAGUCUACAACGAUCAGCCAGACUUCGAAAUUAGUGAACCAGAAGCUUUUUGUGUUGCACUAAUUGAUUUUAUAUCCUCUCUUCUGCACAAUCAAUGUGUUGAAGAGCCCAAUCAUAAUGUUGAAGAGACCACCAGUUUCACCGAGACUUCCGAGCAUCUAAAUGAGGCUGUUGAUGGAUCUGCCAAUGAACAUCAGAUCCCGAAUAGUUCUGGCACGAUGUCGGACGAACAAUCUCUAGGGAAGGAAGAACCUGAGCUGAUUAAAAAUCUCCGUUCGGCAAUGAUCUCUCUUCAGAACCUUCUGACUAGCAAUCCAAACUUAGCAUCCAUAUUUUCUAAUAAAAACAAGUUGCUGCCUCUUUUUGAAUGCUUUUCGGUGGCCGAAGCAUCAGACAGUAACAUUCCUCAACUUUGCCUUGCAGUGCUGUCACUCUUGACAGCACAUGCUCCCUGCUUGCAAGCCAUGGUUGCAGAUGGAUCUAGUCUUCUGCUUUUAUUGCAAAUGCUUCACUCAGCUCCCAGUUGUCGUGAAGGGUCUCUCCAUGUUCUCUAUGCAUUGGCAACCACACCAGAACUGGCCUGGGCAGCUGCUAAGCACGGCGGGGUUGUCUACAUUCUUGAAUUGCUAUUGCCUUUGACGGAAGAAAUUCCACUUCAACAAAGAGCUAUGGCAGCCUCCUUGUUAGGGAAACUCGUUAGCCAACCAAUGCACGGACCAAGAGUUUCAAUAACACUUGCAAGGUUCCUUCCAGAUGGCAUUGUAUCCAUAAUUAGGGAUGGACCUGGUGAAGCUGUUGUAGUUGCCCUUGAGCAGACUACCGAGACACCAGAACUUGUAUGGACGCCGGCUAUGGCAGCUUCCCUAUCUGCACAGAUUUCUACUAUGGCAUCAGAGCUAUAUCGUGAGCAGAUGAAAGGCCGUGUUGUUGAUUGGGAUGUGCUUGAGCAGGCAUCUGGACAGCAGGAAAUGAGAGACGAGCCACAGGUUGGGGGCAUCUAUGUCCGUCUUUUUCUGAAAGAUCCUAAAUUCCCUCUGAGAAACCCUAAAAGGUUCUUGGAAGGUUUACUAGAUCAGUACUUGUCAUCUAUUGCCGCCACUCAUUAUGAGGCACUGACUGUUGACCCAGAGCUUCCUUUGCUUCUUUCGGCCGCCCUGGUCUCGUUACUGCGUGUGCACCCUGCACUUGCUGAUCAUGUUGGGUAUCUUGGAUAUGUACCUAAACUAGUUGGUGCAGUUGCAUUUGAAGGAAGACGAGAAACAAUGUCGACAGGUGAGAUAAAUAACGGGAAGCAUGCAGACAAAACAAAUGGCCCAGAUAACGAAACAACAGAGACCACCCAAACUCCUCAAGAGCGUGUGCGUCUGAGUUGUUUGCGUGUCUUGCAUCAACUGGCGGCCAGUACCACAUGUGCUGAAGCCAUGGCAGCAACUAGUGUCGGAACACCUCAGGUUGUUCCAUUACUAAUGAAAGCUAUAGGGUGGCAAGGUGGAAGCAUUUUAGCUCUUGAGACCCUUAAGCGUGUUGUGGUUGCUGGCAACCGAGCCAGGGACGCCCUUGUUGCACAAGGACUUAAAGUUGGUCUUGUUGAUGUACUUCUUGGUCUUCUUGAUUGGAGAGCUGGGGGGAGGAAUGGGUUUUGUUCUCAAAUGAAGUGGAAUGAAUCUGAAGCAUCUAUUGGUCGGGUGCUUGCAAUUGAGGUUCUGCAUGCGUUUGCUACUGAAGGAGCCCAUUGUACUAGAGUGCGGGAAAUAUUGAAUAACUCAGAUGUUUGGAGUGCAUACAAAGACCAAAAGCACGAUCUCUUUCUUCCUUCAAAUGCUCAAUCUGCAGCAGCUGGCAUUGCCGGACUCAUCGAAAAUUCAUCAUCGUCGAGACUCACAUACGCCCUUACAGCACCUCCACCACAAUCUACUACUUCUAGACCUCCCCCAUCAUCCACGCCUGACUUCAGCGGAAAACAGGACUAACCUUUGUAGCAAAAAGGGUAUGAUGUUUUUACAUAAAAUGGAACAUACAUCCAAGUCUAUACUUGUAAUUCUCCUGUAUAGUUCACUGUACAGUUUUGUUGUCUUCUUUCUCCAAGGAGCAUGUAGGAAGCAUGUGCAAUUUUCUCUAUCCCUUUAUUUCCUUGUAAAUUGGAUUAUGUAUUUACCGGUUUGCUACAAAAUAGUGAGGCCAUUUUGUGCAUUCCAUGAAA